AACCCCUUGACAUGUAGGCUACCCAUGCACCAAAAUAAGAGGCAACCAUGCACCAAUCCUAUGGCACUCACUUGGGCAUAAGCUUGAAUAUCUUUGAAACCAUGGCUAGUUGAAAAGUGCCUCAUGUGUCCCUCUGUUUUCCCAUCUUGCAGCAAGAUGAUGAUUUCACCAGCAAUAUGUCAAGCUUUGCCAAAAUGGCCCAUUUUAUUAAGGCUGUGUCAUAGUGCUCCAAGAAAGACAACACAGUUGAAGAAAAUGUUGGAGUCAGAUCACUUGGAGUUCAUCAUGGAGGCUCACAAUGGAAUAAGUGCCAAGAUUGUGGAAGAAGCAGGUUUCAAGGGCAUCUGGGGCAGUGGCCUGUCCAUUUCUGCCCAGCUGGGUGUGCGGGACAGUAAUGAGGCCUCAUGGACUCAGGUGGUGGAGGUGACAGAGUUCAUGUCAGAUGUCACCAGUGUCCCGAUCCUGCUGGAUGCUGACACUGGCUACGGCAACUUCAACAACGCCCGCCGGCUGGUGCACAAGCUGGAGCAGCGCGGCGUGGCGGGCUGCUGCCUGGAGGACAAGCUGUUCCCCAAGACCAACUCGCUCCACGACGAGCGGCGCCAGCCGCUGGCGGACGUGGACGAGUUCGCGCGUAAAAUCAAGGCGUGCAAGGAGCAUCAAUCGGACCCGGACUUCUGCGUGGUGGCGCGCGUGGAGGCGUUCAUCGCCGGCUGGGGCCUGGACGAGGCGCUGCGCCGGGCCGAGGCGUACCGCGCGGCCGGCGCCGACGCCGUGCUCGUUCACAGCCGACGCGCGGACCCGGCAGAGAUAGAGGCGUUCAUGCGCGCCUGGAACGACCAGGGCCCGGUGGUGAUCGUGCCGACCAAGUACCACACAACGCCGACGGACAUGUUCCGCGACAUGGGCGUCUCCAUGGUGAUCUGGGCCAACCACAACCUGCGCGCAGCCGUGACUGCCAUGCAGCGCACCAGCCGGCUGGUGUUCCAAAGCCAGAGCCUGGUGCAAGUGGAGCCGGACGUGGCUCCGGUGAAGGAAAUCUUCCGGCUGCAGGACGACCCCGAGCUGGAGGAGGCCGAGAAACGCUACCUGCCGUCCAAGUAGCGACAGCGGCCGCCGCCUGCGGUCCGCGGGCUCGCCGGUCACCGCCGGCGCAGAGUCGCCUCUUCCGCCGCCGCUGCGCCUGUCAAGCGAUGCCGGCCUAUCCCCACUGCCACCUCUGCCUGUGUAUCAGUGUUUGGGUGUUUGUGAUGCGGGGGUUCGUUGGCGCCAGGCCGACGUGGAAGUUCUGAGGAGCGACGGGCACCGGUCCCGCACGCGUUGUGCGUGUGCGUGAUGCCAGCCGGCGCGAUGCUGCUGCACCCAGGUACACCCUGCACCCUGCGAUGCUGCAGGUACCCUCUCGACUGCGACGUGCCGGUAACUUCACUGCACGUGACAUCUGAGCGUGCGUUUGCAGGCUCCGUCGCCGGCGGACCCGCGGUGAUGCGUGCAGGGUGGCUGGGGUCUAUUCUAAGCAUGUGAUGUCAGUCGCGGUUGCCAAACGCGAUGGAUAUUCAAAUGAGCUUAUGGUGUUCUGUUCGUUGUCUUUAUGUGCAUCGAAACGGACGGCUUCGUGAUAUUUGUUACCAUUGUUUUUAUGUGCGGUACGAUCGGUCGCUAUUUCUUGUCGCCCAAGGCACUUUGAACUUGUGAUAAUUUGGGUAAUAAUUUCCUCAGCGUUAGUGGGUAUCCGACAUUUUAUUCUGUGCGUGUUAUUGCACGAUAUGCACUCUAAUAGGCCAAUAGGUAAGGGGGUCCAUUUUGCUGUUGGGCGGGAGGCAUGAUGUCGCGCAAUGAAAUUCGCUUCGAUCAUUCCUUGGGCACGCUGUUUGACCUAAUACAUUGGCACGCGAAAUA